AAACUGCUUUUAAGCCGUCUACACACUCGCGCGCGAACCGCGCGCGAAGGCGCGAAACACCCGCGUAACAUGAGUGUAGAUCCGAUUCGCAUAUUCUUCGCGGCUUCGCGGCUCGUUCGCGCUGUGUUCCCCGAAAAUUGUCGGUUUUUUGUCCCGCGACAAAGCGCUCGCAGGCGCGAAGCGCGACGUGAACGCGACAAGACUAUACAUUCGCGCCUCGGGCAGCUCAGUCGCUCAGUAGCAAUUGACACGGAUGGUUGUGUUUUAGUUUUUUUUUAGGUAUAUGCUACGAUUUUGCUUGCAAAAUGAGUAACGUGUGGAGCAAUGAAUUAGAACUAACAUUUAUAGAAUGUUUUCGUGCUGAGCCGGUAUUAUGGGACAUUAAUUUGAAAGAUUAUAAAAAUAAACUGAAAACCCAUGAUGCUUGGAUGCGGAUAAGUACGGUGAUGGAAAUACCAAUUGAUGAAUUGAAAAAGAAAAAAGGUUCUCUCAUGUCAAGCUAUAGGAGCUACAAGGGAAAAGUUAAGAAGUCCGUUCAAUCGGGAGCUGGUGCCGAUGAGAUAUAUCAGCCCAUUUGGUUCGCUUAUGAAGCAAUGGAUGCUUUUUUGGGAGAUACUCUAAAGUGUAAAAAAAGUAUGAAUACGGAACGUGGAAUAAAGGAGCCUAAAGAAGUAAAUCUCGAAGCUAUUAAAGAGAAUGUUGAAGAAAUGAAUGAAAAUCGAAGUCAGUCUAUUAACACCCAAAAAGACAGUGACCAGACAAUCCACCGACGCAAAAUCUCUUCAGAAGUGGUUGACGCAGGAAAUGUCGUUAAAGACGCUCUUAUCACCUUCAAAUCCACGCUAAAAAGGAACCCAUUACAGCCUAUUCAGCAAGACGAUGAUUGCGAUUUAUACGGAAAACUAUUAGCAAAUAAGUUGCGAAAAUUAUCUGAAAAGAAUAGAUUGAAGUUGAUGCACGACAUUGAUGGGAUGUAUUUACAAUACCAAUUUGAUGACCCUUUAGUGAUGACUCCAUCGCCACCUCAUUUUUAUGAACCAAGAACAGGCACAUCAUCAUCUACGCAUUCAGAGCCUCCAUUUCAUUACGGGCAGGCGAAUCAAAAUACUUAUUACCAAAAUAGACAAGUAAUAUCAGCCCCACCUUCUAAUAUCAUUAUUCAAUCGAACCGGCUAAUUCGUACACCAGAUUAUCCUGUCCUUCAUUUACCAGAGAACCAAGAUGCAAACACAUCUGAUCAUAAUAAUGAUAUAGUUCAGACAGCUUUUGACUUAAGUUAAAUACCUACUGAAAUUACCGAAUUUUGUUUUUAUUGUCUAUUGAAUUUUGUUAUUAUAUUUGGUUGAUUUUGCAAAGUUAUAUUCUAGAUUCUAAGUAGUUCUGUAUAUGCAUAAUAAAAGUAUUAAAUUGA